AUGGAAACAGAUAAGUAUACGUUAAUUGUCCGGAAUUUGCAGGAGGUAGUAGGUGAUGAUGAACUUCAGGAAUUGCUUAAGAAACCAAAUUCAUCAAUAUCUGUGUAUUGGGGUACUGCAACAACUGGUAGACCGCAUAUAGCCUAUUUCGUCCCAAUUAUUAAAUUAGCUGAUAUGCUACAAGCAGGUGCAAAAGUCACUGUGCUCUUUGCUGAUUUACAUGCAUAUCUAGACAAUAUGAAAGCACCAUGGUCUUUACUUUGUCUUCGUACCAAAUAUUAUGAAGCUGUUAUAAAAGGAAUGUUCCGUUCAAUUUGUGUUCCAUUAGAUCGACUACAUUUUAUACGUGGAGCUGAUUAUCAGUUAACUGAUUUCAUUUAUAUACUAUUAGCCUUUGUCGAUGUAAAAAAAAAUUUUUCAAAACAAAUUCUUCUUUCAGGACAUACAUGGAACAAUCAAUGGGAACUAAAUCCUGAUGUAAGAAAACACCAAUCAGAACAUCAAGGUCACAUUGUUCGUGUCGGCUCAGACAAUACUGUAAACGAUGAUCUAGAUGAUGACGAUGAUGAUGAUGACAUUUUGUCUUUAUUCAAUUUCAAUCAACAACCAUCUUAUUAUUCAACUAAAGUAUUUCCAAGUACAACAUGGGAUUUACCGAUUGAUUCAGAUGAAGACACAGAUCGCUUACAAGAAUCCACUUCCACUAGUUCAUCGCGUACAGAUGAAGACUUGCCAGAUAGCAUGGAAUAUUUAAAUCCAUAUCUGUUAAAUUUAAUUUAUUAUAGUAAUCCAUUGAAAAAGAAACGUGAUCAAACUACUACUACUACUACUACUCAGUCAACUGAUGAUAGUAGUAUGAUUGUAAAAAAAAUGCCAGAAACUGAAAAAUGGUCUACACCAAUUCAACCGGGCAAUUCAAAUGAUUUACGUAAAUUACGUAAUCUAGAUACAUUCAAUAUGAAACAAUAA